UGGGAUUAAUGGCCAGGCAGAACAUUUAGGCAUGAUGGGUAAAGGUUGUUAUAGUCUUUUUCUCAGCUCGAUUUGCUGAAUUAAUGAUGACAACGGGAGUGUCUACAUCUAUCUAACUUGUGGGUGUGGAAUCAGGCUCGUGGUGCACACAGCUUUAUAAAUCUGUUAAGAAGAAUUGUGUGCAUAUGUCUGUCCAGUCGUGCGUCAACACAGUUUUUUGCAUCUCAUGUUUGGUGACAUUCAACUAGCCUAUCCUUUGGAAAACUCGUGCGUAAAUUAAUUGUCUUCAAGAGAUCCUGAGCUGUCACGUGCAGUUUUAACAAGGACACUCGAGAAACUUCCGCAUAAAAAGGCAAGUAAAAACUGACUGGAAAGCAGAAAUGGUCGUACGUAAAUCUAAUAACAUUUUCUAGCAGCCAGUCCACCUCUGCAGACCUACAGGUGUGGCCUACAGCAGGAACCUCACGUGGCUCAAGGAAGGCGGGGGGGUGGAGGGGGGAAUACUACCUGCUUUACCUGUAAACUGACGCCAGAGAAGACAUUUAUACAUAUACGCUUCCGUCUUCACUUUGUACCAGAGGACCCAAUGCAGUGUGUCACACCGUGUGCGAACCUUGAAGUACAUGUUUAAUUAUUGGCCUGUGAAUAUUUUUGGACGAGUUAUGGAUGUAUGGGGGUGACAGCGACUCACAGAAUAGCAAUAUUUUCCACGAACCUACAGCUGCCUUCACUUUCUUCAACAAGAGAGUUCACGGUCUGCUGAGCUUGGACGCCAGCGUUUUUCAACAAUGGGAUAUGUUCAGAAGACAAAAAGCAUUUUGAAAUGUGUGCUUUGCAUCCCUAUCAUGCUCUGUGCUUUCUACUUUUUAUCUCCAUCUUUGAGACUUUUAAUAGGCUACCUUCCUAUGGACAAAUGCUCUUUGGAAAGUGCAAAGAUGCUGUCUCUGGACAACAGUGUGGACGCCAGCCUCGACCUUUGGUCCAGACCUGAUGUGCAAACGUGUACAUCUUGGAAAGCUCCCAUCAUCUGGGAAGGGAUGUUUGACCCUGACUUUUACGAUCGGAUGCACAAGAUUGAAGGAUCCUCUGUGGCUCUUACAGUGUUUGCCGUGGGCAGGUACCUGGAUGCUUACCUUAAGAACUUCCUGAACUCAUCAGAGCAUCACUUUAUGGUGGGUUUGCCCGUAACGUAUUACAUGUUUACGGACGUGCCAGAAAAGGUGCCAGACAUCAAGCUUCGUCCUCAGCGAAGCAUUAAGGUUAUCAAAGUAGAGAAGAGCUCCAGGUGGCAGGAUAUCUCUAUGAUGCGAAUGAAGACCAUAUCCGAUGUCAUAGAGUCGGAUAUUCGCCACCACUGCACGCACGUCUUCUGCUUUGACGUGGAUCAGGUAUUUACUGGGAGAUUUGGCUCUGAGGCUCUGGGAGAUUCUGUGGCUCUGCUCCACGCCCACUACUACCACCUUCCACAGAAGUUGUUUACCUACGAUCGAAACCCAAAGUCCAAGGCAUACAUGCAAACUGGGGAUUUCUACUACCACGCUGCCAUCUUUGGAGGCUCAUGGAAGAGUGUAAAAGCGUUGACUGAGGCCUGCUAUCAGAGCAUCAUGGAGGAUAAACAGAAUAAUGUGGAGGCUCUGUGGCACGAUGAAAGCCAUCUCAACAAGUACCUGUGGCUUCACAAACCAAGCAAGGUGCUCUCACCGGAGUACUGCUGGGACACCAGUAUCGGCUACAGGAGCGACAUACGAGUCACACGACUACUGUGGGCACCAAAACAUUACGAUACACUUCGCACACCUUAGUGUGUUUUAGACUUAAUUGCAAAAUCACCUCCUAUAUUUCAUAAAUGACAUUCAAAACUAUCUGACAAACAUUAUGCUCUCAGGUUCCCAUGCUCCCUGCUCUUUGUUCUCUUUGGGGAUUUAUUUGCAUACCUACAAGUGUGGCUAUCCUUUGGUAGAUGUUCAUUUUAUCUCAAGGUGUGUGUGUGUGUGUGUGUGUGUGUGUGUGUGUGU